AUGGCUGCUCGUCACGCUCGUGAGCUACUGAGCAAGCAUCUUUCCCUACGGUCUCAAGGAGCCUUUGUAAAUUUAAAAGCACAUAUAAGACACCCCAAACAACUAAAAGAAACACCAAAUCAUAGCGAUGCUGAUGCACAUAGAGGCUUGAAGGGAAUAGGAUUGUGUCCACCGAAGUGCAAAUUGCGUGAGGUUACCCAUGCUCUUUCCCGAAAGGCACAUUUACCGGAGCUAUUGAAGAAGCUGAGACCUGUGAGCACUGCAGUGUCUCUAAAAGAAUCGUUACAUAUCCCUGUACUGACAAAGUUUGAAAUAUCAAAUGGAUUGCAGUCAGGUACUACUUUGCCAAAUGAGCUCGGGGCAACCGAAACACUAGGUGGACAAUUAGAGGGCCCCGGAUGCCAUGAUAACACCAGUUUUGCAAAAUGUGGUCCAGAGGUAAAUGAAGAACUGGAAUAUAAAUUAUUGGAAUAUGAAGGAUUUGAUCCCCAGGACCUCUCAGCUAUCAGAGAGCUCCAUAAGUCGGCACUCUCCGAACAUCAAAGUGUCAAUGAUCAGGGAACAUUACGAGAUAUGUCUGUGAUCACGCCAUCUUAUAUAUCAUUCCUGAUGCGUCGGAUAAAAACAUUUCACGGUGAGGAUUGUAGCAAUACGGAGCUAAUGUCACGUGUAAUGUCAGCACUGAAGAAUGGCGAUAUUGGGAAAGAAAAUGGGAAAUCGUCUCCACAAAUAUGCAAAUCAUCAUCACGUAACCUAAUAAGCGAUCAGUCACUUGAAGAUGAGUUACAAGAGCUGCUAUCUUCAAUACGGGCACGUGCCGUAGAUGACCCUGUUGUCGAGACUUCACAAGUUAAUAUACCUAGUGCAACGACAUCCAAACCGUCGAUACACCUCCAGCCAUCUAUUGAUGACGGAAUGCUAGAACAAACAGAACAGUUUGACUAUUCAAAGGUUGAACAAAGAGACAAAGCAUCCAAUGAUGCAAGUAGCAAUUCAUUAACGGUACCACGGCUCACAUGCCAAGUACUUGCAUCAUACGUGGAUACAGACAUUAAUCAGUUGCGUUCAUUAGCAGAAGAGCUGGAUUGUAACCCAGAUCAUUUAUCAGUGGAUGAGGCAAGCUUCAUAUUAGAAGAAUUAUCUCUACCAUAUCGAGUAACAUUCACAGAAUCACAACGCUCUGUUACCAUAUCGAGGGUUAAACAGGUGCUGGUAAAACGACCAUUAGUGGUGACUAUUAUGGGCCACGUGGAUCACGGGAAGACUACACUACUAGAUACAUUGCAGCGUUCGGAUAUAGUGUCAACUGAGGCUGGAAGGAUAACUCAGAAAUUGGGAGCUUUCAAAUUAAAUCUCGAUCGUGGUACACUUGUUUUCGUGGAUACACCUGGUCACGCAGCGUUCGGUAAUAUGCGUGCCCGUGGAGUACGGUGUGCUGAUGUUGUGAUCUUGGUAGUAGCAGCUGAUGAUGGUGUGAUGCCGCAGACAGUGGAAGCAAUCGAGUUGAUUAAAAGGGAUAGCCUGCCAUUUGUCGUCGCAGUCAAUAAGGUUGAUCUGGAUAGUGGUGCUCAUGUCCGAGGUAUGCUCGAAAAAUGCGGACUCGAUCUAUCAGAUGUACCCAUUGUAUAUAUAUCUGCAAAACAUGGGCGCAAUAUAGACGAGUUGACGUCUGCAAUAUUCAAUCUUGGUGAAAGGUUAAACCUUCAAGUGGACGUUGGUAUGCCGGGAACAGCAUACGUAUUCGAGACAGAACUUCAUCCCACGUUAGGUGGAUGUCUACGCGCAAUUGUUCGUAGCGGUGUUUUACGAGAAUCAACAUGGCUGGUAUGCGGAGAAUCUUACGGCAAAGUCAAAAGGAUAUAUGAGUCUAGCGGUCGUACUAUAAAACAAGCUUAUCCUUCAGAAAUUGUUCAACUAAGCUGGCCACACGAUAGUCUAUCUGCUGGUGUAUUUGUGCAUCAACAUGACUCUCGCGCUGAGGCACAAAAGAUGGCUAAUCUAGCGAAACGGCGAAUGGCCAAUAUUGAUGCACGAUCACCGGGGUCGGUUGGUAGCGGCUCCAAGAUGGGAACUACGGAUAUAACGCAGUUGAAACCGAUACCACAAAUUGGAGUGGUUAUUCGUUGUGGCGAUCAAGGUGGACUGGAAGCUGUAACUGAAUGGAUCGAUACGUUCAACAGAAUCAAAAGUCUAGAAUGUGAUACUAGUUAUCUGGUAGAACGUGGCUAUAUUCCUGCUAGCAUUCCAGACCCGCGUACACUUUUGGAUUCCUGGGAACCUAUUCGUAUAGUAUCUCGUAGCGUAGGACCCUUUAACCGCAGCGAUUCGCAGUUUGUGGAAGCUGGUAAGGUAGUCUUUCUGGGAUUUUCUACCUUUAUACCAGAUGGCAUUCCCCGACCUGACUUGGUAUCGGUACAUAAUGUGAUCUAUGAGCUAUUCAAGGAUAUCGAACGUAUAUUCGAAUUCUAUUUCGGACCUACACAUGUGGUGAAACCUGAAGCUACAAUGCAGGUGACACAACUAGGUAACCUUAACCUUAAAGGGGUUGGUAAACGUCAGGCUAUCGGUACUAGCGUGAUCUCAGGUACCGUACGAAUCGGUAACCUAUGUAUGAUAUUGCGUGAGGGUACGACAAUUGCACGUGAGUUGAGUGUGUAUUCUAUGCAGUCGUCUAGAAAGGAUGCAGUCGAGUUGGCUAAAGGUGACCGCAACAAUUGUUUGGUAUUCCGUGACUGUGCGGUUGAGGUUCGUCUGGGCGACGAGAUAAUUUCAUAUACUAAGGAACCGCUACCACCGUUAUUCGGAGUAGUACAGAACCAUAUUCUAGAUUGA